CGCGCGCACCAGCCGACAGCCCGACUACCCGGCCCCCCAGAAGGUGACAGACAGGGGCUAACACCAACGGCUGGCACAGCGGACAGGAUGGUGCAGCGUGGCGGCGUCGUGGCAAUCGUGGCUGCCCUGCUCGUCGUGCAGGCGCACGGCCAGUUCGACAUGGGCACGUUCAAAGUGGUGGCCGGUCGAACAUCGCGCGACAUGGCAACGACCUCGACGGCCGAGGAGCCGCCGGCGCCGACUGGACAGCCGACGGAGGUGCCGCAGGAGCCGGCCACGGCCACCGAGCCGGGCUCGGCCACUGUCGAGCUGCGCUCCACCACACGCACCAGUCAGCUGGCCACGGUGGAGGAUACCCCGGCCGCCCUGCGCACCAACGACGAGCUGGUGAGCAGCGAGCGACCUAGCGGGGGAUAA